CGUUUUUGUUUAUUUUAUUUGUGUAGGAGUGUAGUGUAUUAUAGUGCAUUGUAUGAAGUUGUAGAACUUUAUUUUUUUUUAACACGCUGUGGUCGAGAGUAUAAAUUGUGAUAUUUGGAUACCCUGGAGAUUAUUUUUAGAUUUUUAAUAAAUAUUUAGGCUGCGUCUACAACAGAAAAAAUAAUGUGUAGAAAAUUGAGUAAUAUAUAGUGUAAUUGCCCCUGACAGUUGUCAAUGCCAAAAACAAUACACAUUACACUACAAAUUACACAUUAUUUUUUUCUAUUGUAGACGGUUUGUGGAAUUCACUUAAUUGGUAUCAAUUAUGUGUUUGAAACCCUUUAUAUUCUUUUCAAUUUCGAAAGAUCUUUUUUUGCUAGACUUUUGCGUACCUUAUAAGAAGCGGUUGGUUGAAAGAAAUUGAAAUGUUUACAAACAAAGCUCAAUUCUUAACCAUUUCAAUGCCAAACUAAUGUCAUUUUUGUAGUUUCAUGUUUUGAUUCCAUUAGAGAUAAUUCAUAUGCACACAUUUAUAUUCCGUUCCGUUUAAUUUGGUACGCAUUACAAAUUUCGAUAAGACUGAAGAAUCAGAUUGGUUUAGUCGUCAUGAAUCAGUCUACUGAGGAUACGAAAAAUAAACAUUACUGUCCAAUAGAAAGUUGUCUACAGUCUUUUUCUUAUAAACGAGAUUUGCAAAAUCACAAAAAGAGUCACAAAGGUCAAAUAAAUUAUCAAUGUAAAGAAUGCGCAAAAACAUUUACAUGGCCCGAGGACUAUUUAAAUCACAAACAUGAACAUUGGAUUGAGAAAAAAAAGGUUAGAUUGUUAAAAAUUUUGCAAAUACGCAUAUAAUAAUUUGAUGAAAAAAUACAUUUUCCUAAAAACUGUACAAUUAUCAUAAAUAAUUUUUUUGUAACUUGUAAGGGUGGAAUUUGCAACAUAGAAUUUUACCAAAGAAAAAUAAAACGUCACAAAUUUACAUCUCGACCCGUUACUCCGAAACUAACUUCACCACAACAAAAUCUUCACAAAUCUCAUCGGGGAGUUCCUCUUCUCCAAGCUGCGAUGUAAAAAACAACUUUGACAAUGGACCAUUCCUUUUUAAACAGAUGACCGUUGAGACGCUACCAAAUUAUAACGACUUUGGCACUCUCAACCGUUUACAGCACAAACAAAAAUAGAAAUAAAACACUUAAAACUCUCAAUUAACAAAAAUAAAACCCAUUUAUUAAUUAAACCAAAUAAACUCUAAAUCAAACAACAAAAAUAUAAAAUAAAAUAUUCAAUAACGUAAUUCGAUAAUUGACGCUAGUCAAAAAUCACGUCGCGACUACUUGAACCUCUGCAAGUAAGUGACAAGCAAGUGUAAAUCCGAUCUCCUCAUCACCGGUUGGCUUCCUCAUCAUAUUUUGCUUCUUCCUUUUUCCUAUGGAAAAUUGGGAAAAACCCUUCUUUCUUAUCCCCACUGUACAGCACCUAAAAUGGUCUUGGAAAGGGUCAUUGGUCAUGUGACGGUCUCUGGCAAUUAAUCAUGCGCGAAAUCAUUUAAAUUCAGAUUUCACGAAUGACACAGGUCUCGGGUCGCUGAACCAAGGACACACACAAGGGACUUGACAAGAAAACAAGACAAAACUAUGAUAAGAGAGAGAACGACGAACAACUUACUAUAAUGAAAUUUACUUUUCCUACACACGACAGAUUUGGAGAAAUAAGUAACGAUUCACCUCGUUACAAACUAUGUUAUUAUAGACCAUAGAAAAAAACCGACAGAAAGAAAAAACUGAGAAAGGAAACACAACAUAUAUAGCUAAAUCAGCAAUGUCGACAUCGACCACAACUGCAACACCCGUAAAAAAACGUCAGACAAAUAGAAAAGAAGCAUCUUUUCCGAUUCACUCUCCUGGCUUACAAACUUUAUCAUCAUCUCAAGCUCAAUCUCGCAAAAAGUCGUUUCACGAAUUGAAUAAACUGAAGAUGGACAAAAACACGCAACACGAGACGAGUAAAGUAAAAUCUAAAGCGGAAUCAGUUAAGUCGACAUCGUCAUCGGAUUCAAAACCUGUCGAAAUUCGACGGACAGAUAUGAAAAAAACGUCUUCUCCGAUUUGUUGUCCUCCUGGUUCACAACCUCCACAAUCAUCUCCAGCUCAAUCACACAACAAGUCAAUUCAGGAAUUGAAGAAACUGAAGAUGGACGAAACCAUGGUGCCCGGCACGAGUAAAGAUUCAAAAAAACGAAAAUUUGAAGAGGAAUCAGUUAAGUCGACAUCGUCAUCGGAUUCAAAACCUGUCGAAAUUCGACGGACAGAUAUGAAAGAAACGUCUUCUCCGAUUUGUUGUCCUCCUGGUUCACAACCUCCACAAUCAUCUCCAGCUCAAUCACACAACAAGUCAAUUCAGGAAUUGAAGAAACUGAAGAUGGACAAAAACACGCAACACGAGACGAGUAAAGUAAAAUCUAAAGCGGAAUCAGUUAAGUCGACAUCGUCAUCGGAUUCAAAACCUGUCGAAAUUCGACGGACAGAUAUGAAAAAAACGUCUUCUCCGAUUUGUUGUCCUCCUGGUUCACAACCUCCACAAUCAUCUCCAGCUCAAUCACACAACAAGUCAAUUCAGGAAUUGAAGAAACUGAAGGAAGGAGAACAAUCUUUGCCGAGUACUUCUACUGAUGUGCCGCCUCCACAAUCACCACCCAGGAUGUUAAUUCGCGGGUUGAAGAAACCACAGAUUGACACCAAGCAAGAAAAAAAACAAGACUCCUACACAACAUACAUGUCCCUCAACUCAAUUUUACGCAAUGAUGAUGAGAAUUGCAUAAAAAAUAAAAUUGAACACGAUGUAGAAAAUGCCAGUCGAAUAAAAAUUUUGACUGCAAUAUUCAUAAACUUUAUAAUGAAUAAACCAGAGUGUCAACUAUCAAAAGAGUUCGCAAUUUGCGGCUUCAAUCAUUACAGAGUCAUGAAUUGCUUCAAGAAAAGAAAAGUAGAAGAUUAUAUUUCAUGUAAGAAAAAGGAUCCUGAAUUGUACACAUUAUUGGAGGAAUUCAAACUUGCAAUGGCAGACGAAGAAAGUGAAAUUGAUCCUGUGUUAUUUGACGAAUUUAUUAAGAACAGUGAAAAAGAGAACCAAGUUUAUGAAAAUAAAGAAGAGCAACUCAAACAAUACAACAAAUUCCGAAUUGAAAAAUUGACUAACAUUAAUUGUCAAUAUCAAACAAAUCUUCUUUUGCAAGCAGCACGGGAAAUGGACAAGGAUUUUCGCGUUCAUUUACACAUGGAAGGACCAAAAAUAUUAAAAAAAUAUCUUAAAUUUAAAGAGUUUGGAGUUCAAACAAAAGAGGAAGUUGAUAAACAGGAUACAAGUGUAAAGAAUGAAAAAACAGAGGACAUCAAGGAAAAAGAAAAAAGAGCAAAGAAGAAUAAAAGAAGACUUGAAAAUUUUGAAAGGAAGGUCGAGAAAAGAAAGAAAGAGAACAAGAAAUUGAAGGAAGAAAGAAGAGAAGUAACUGCAGAAGAAGUAAAGGAAACCCAUAAAAAUAAUAAAAAAAUUGCUCGUGAAGAAGCAAAUAAAGUUUACACUAAAACUAUAUGUAAGAAUCGAGAAGAAGAAAAAGUGAAGAUAUUAAGAAAAAAAAAUGAGAAGAUGGAUAAAGAAGAAGCGGAGAAAAAUCAACAAGCUCGGAUAGAGCAAAAAAACACCCAAAUAAAGGAACGAAAGGAAAAAGGAAGGAACGUAGUAAAAAUUACAUUCAAAAAGAACGGAAUUAAACAAUCUUUGACAAAAGAGGAAAUAAAGGAAAAAGAGAAGAAAGUAGAAAAAGCACUGGAUAAUUUACUUUUUUAUAAUCGCUGCACAGAUGAAAAGUUAUGCAGUUAUUUAGAAGAAAUAAAGAGAGAAACGGAAGAAAUUGAUAUUCGGUUGGAAAAAAAGAUGGACGAAAAAGAAAAAAAUGAAAAGGGAAAAGGAAAAGGAAAGAAACAAAAAAUGAAGAAGGAGAAAGAAGAGGUUCAACUUUUAGACUUUUUAGAUUUAGACAAUGAGUACGAAUGUUGCAAAUUUUUACCAUUAUAUAUGAGAAUUCAAAGAGAAUUUGUUGACAAUGGAUUGAAGGGGUUUGUUUUGUUUCCAAUGAGACGCUUCGGUUUGCAACACGUUACAUUAACUCAAACAAUUUUAGAGAAAGAUUUUCUUCCUUACUUAAACACUUUAUCAAAAAAAAAGGUUGUUGAAGUAAGCGAGAUGAAGCAAAAGUUGAAUGAACAAGACGAAAAGAAUAAAAUAAAAAACACUACAAAAAGAGAAAAUGCAAAAAAGGGAAAGAAUGCUUUAGAGAAAAAAUUUGAUAAGUUAAAAAUAUUGUGGCAAGGAAUGUUCGAUUUAAAAAAAGUGACGAAAAAUAAGAAGAAGCGAGAAUGCAGUGUUCCUCGGGCUAUGCAGACGGAUGGCGUAAAAGUGUCUCUCAUAUACAAUUUGAAGAAAGCAGAGAAGAUUAAAUCCUCGUCAAAUAAAAGGAAGAAAAAAAAUAAUUAUGAUCGACUUGUGGGUCUUGAUCCAGGUUUGAAGGCAAUGUUUGGUGGAGCAGUGCGUGAUGGCGAUCCGCAUGUAAAAAUUGAUCAAACAUCAAAAAAAAUUAGCAAGACGCAGGACACUCCUAUUUAUGUGAAUGCUAAGACAUUCCGAUUUCGUGCUGGAGAAUAUCGUCGAAAAAAAAUGCUUCACAAAUACUCAAAAAACAUUGAGGAGAGGUUCGACAGUUUUUUGAAAAAAAAUGUAAAGUAUAAUAAUGUCGAGAAAAGAGAUCCGAGAAAGUAUCUGCUACUUGCCAAAUUCAAUUUCAAACAAUUUGAAAUUAAGCAAGCAGCAUUGACAAGAAAAUGCUUUCGGAAUUUAAGAUUCAACAAAUUGAUAUCUGUGCAACGCGAAACAGAUCGACUCGUGAAUUUUAUUAUGGGCGAUGUUAAAAAAAAACCAUGCCUAGUGGCAAUAGGAACGACUUCCAUAAGUCCUUGCAUGAAAGGACACGUAAAAACGCCAGUUCAGAGGAUUGAAAGACGAUUAAGAGAACGCUCAAAGCAAGUUGGCGAAGAAAAAUUAAAAAUUGUUCAUUGUUAUGAAGGCAACACAACAAAAUUUUGCAGCUCGUGCAACCAACAAAAUGUUGUCUCCAGGUCCCCCAAGCGGUAUGCAUUUUGCCAGAAAUGCCAUGUUGUGUGGAACAGGGACGUAAAUGCGGGAAUCAACAUUUUAAAUAUUGCCCUUAUCAAUGAGGACAUAUUGACUGGGGAAAAUAUUCCCAACGCGAAAGUCUUCAAGGGCAUAAAAAGCGUAAAGGACAUGUGAUCCAGAAGCAGCCUAAUGGCAUACAGCAAUGUACAAGUGGGAAUAACAUUAUUCAGAAAGUAAAUAAAAAUGUUAUUUUAACAUGUAGAAACAGGGAUUGUUUUUUUAAAAACAAAGUGAAAAAAAUGAAAAAAAUGAAAAAAAAUGAAAAAAUUGCUAGAUCCGUGGGCAAAAGUAUUUUUUAGUAAUAAUGAAAAAAAGGGUUUAUAUUUAAAGAUUAAAGUUUAAGUGCGAGGUUCAAGUUCCUUUAAAUAUAUUGUUAACAGACACGAGAAAGUUUCUACGUACUGUACAAAAGUUGUGUACCUAUAUAAUUGAAAGAGAAUCGAUUUUAUUGAACAUCAA